CAGCUCCACUACACUUCUCCUGUCGGGACUGUAUUUAACAACAAUUCCCGUUUAGUACAGAUUACCCCCGUCAAAUAACUGUCUCCGAAGACUCGGACGGAUUAACGCGGUAGUUUAGCAGAUUUGUUUUCACUUUAUCUUCAAGUCCUUCUAAAAAAAGUUAAUCGUAAAUGUAGUCGUACGCCAGACGUCGCGAAGUAAAUUGAUCUCGGCAGUUGCCAGUCUGACUGCGGGCGGCUAGCGCUCGAGCUGGCCGCUAGCGUGAGCUUCUUUCUUUAAGUCAGACUUUUUAAAGAGCUCGAGAGGGGAAGAGACAAAGUAAACAUGGAGUUAGAGGACGGUGUCCUAUACCAGGAGGACCCGGGAACUUCUUCCAUGAUGUCCGAGAGGGUGUCCGGGCUGGCGAGUUCAAUCUACCGCGAGUUCGAGCGGAUGAUAGGCAAAUACGACGAGGACGUGGUCAAGGAGCUCAUGCCGCUGGUCGUGGCGGUUCUGGAGAACUUGGACUCUGUUUUCGCGGAGAACCAGGUGCACGAGGUGGAGCUGGAGCUGCUGAAGGAGGAUAACGAGCAGCUUGUCACGCAGUAUGAACGGGAGAAAGCGCUGAGGAAAAGCGCCGAAGAGAGAUAUAUCGAAUAUGAGGACUCUCAAGAGCAGGAGAAGAAAGAUCUGCAGAACCGUGUGCUGCUACUUGAGGCUCAGACCAGACAGAUGGAGAUCAAGACCAAGAACUACGCUGACCAGAUUGGAAGAUUAGAAGAACGUGAAGCUGAGCUAAAGAAAGAGUACAAUGCCCUCCAUCAAAGACACACAGAGAUGAUCCACAGUUACAUGGAGCACUUGGAACGGACCAAAUACCAGCAGCUAAUGGGGGAGACAACAGACACCGGAACUCUGGGCAGAAUUAGGAAGGAUCGUCCGGUCUCUUUGGGGAUUUUUUCAUUGCCGGGAAGUGAUGUGAUGACUCCUGAUCUGCACAGGGAAGCUGUGGAUUCUCCAGGGACGGAAACAUGGAGAUACAACAAUCUCAGCCACCCGCGCUCCAACACCAGCCUGAAGCUGGAGGAAGAUGAGUCCCUCAGGAGAGGGCAGGGUAAGAGUUCACAUGAGAAUCUGGAAACCCAGUGGACCGACACCAGUAAGGAUGAACUUUCUGAUGCCACUAGGGGAGAUUCCAAAUCCGCCACUCCUAUGUCCACAGCAGCAUCAGAUGUUGCCAUGGCAUCAGUGGACACGCCCCGGACAGAUGAGGCAGAGGGGUUGAACAGAAACCUGGAUUCCAGCAGUGCUAAGCCAGACAGCAGUAAGAAUAUCAGGGUACAGGAUGCAGUGGCAACAGAGACGCCAUCUACAGAUCAAAGUGAGAACGGAGAACGAUCAGAAGUGCAGGCGAUCAUAGAGUCCACACCAGAACUGGACAUGGACCUGAGUGGAUGCAAAGGGUCUAGCACUCCCACUAAAGGAAUCGAGAACAUGGCCUUUGACCGUAACACUGACUCUCUGUUUGAGGAGCUCUCCACGGCAGGAAAUGAUCUCAUCGGGGAUGUGGAUGAUGGUGCUGAUUUGCUAGACCUAAAUGUUUUUGGUAUGGGUCGUGAAGUUGAACACCUGAUCCAGGAAAACACUCAGCUACUGGAGACAAAAAAUGCCCUGAAUGUGGUGAAGAAUGAUUUAAUUGCACGUGUUGAUGAGCUGGUGUGUGAGAAAGACGUUGUUCAGGGAGAGCUGGAGGUCCUGAAACAGGCCAAAGACAAACUAGAAGAGAGGAACAAGGAGCUGGAGGAGGAGAUCAAAAAAGUCCGGGCAGAGGUGGAGGAGGCCAAACAGAAGGCCAAAGGGGAAGAUGAUAGUGAUGUGCCCACAGCCCAGAGGAAGCGCUUCACACGGGUGGAAAUGGCCCGUGUGCUCAUGGAGAGGAACCAGUAUAAAGAGAGACUGAUGGAGCUGCAGGAGGCUGUCAGAUGGACUGAGAUGAUACGAGCUUCACGGGAGAAUCCAGCCUUGACGGAGAAGAAAAAGUCCAGUAUCUGGCAGUUUUUCAGCAGGCUCUUCAGCUCUUCCUCCAGCAUGACUGCAAAAAAGCCGGACGCACCGGUUAACCUAAAGUACAACGCGCCCACCUCACAUGUCGUUCCGUCGGUGAAAAAGAGAAGCAGUACACUUGCUCAGCUGCCUAGCGACAAAUCCAAAGCCUUUGAUUUCCUCAAUGAGGAGGCUGAGGUUGAGCCGGUUGUGUCACGUAGGGAGCAGAAGAGAGCUCAGUACAGGCAGGUGAAGGCUCAUGUGCAGAAGGAGGAUGGCAGGAUGCAGGCUUACGGAUGGAGUUUACCUGCAAAACACAAGGUUGCCAAUGGUGGACAAGCAGAUAAUAAGAUCAAAAAUCUGCCAGUGCCCGUCUACCUCCGACCUUUAGAUGAAAAAGAUGCUUCCAUGAAGCUGUGGUGCGCUGCUGGAGUGAAUCUGUCGGGCGGUAAGACACGCGACGGGGGUUCCAUCGUGGGAGCGAGUGUGUUUUAUAAAGACGUGUCUGGAGGAGAGAGCCACCCACUCAGUCCCAGACAGAAGAAAGGCUCUCAGAGCAGCCUAGACAGACUGGAGCAGGAGCUCAAUGAGCAGGAAAAGGAACUCCGGCAUCAGGAUGAACUCUCCAGCUUGGUGUGGAUCUGCACCACCACACACGCCACCUCUAAGGUCGUAGUCAUCGACGCCAACCAGCCUGGAAACAUUCUGGAGAACUUCUUCAUCUGCAACUCUCACGUGCUUUGCAUUGCCAGCGUGCCAGGCGCUCGUGAGACAGACUACCCUGCUGGAGAGGAGGUGUCUGCAGACACUGAGGUCGGUCAGGGUGAAGGGGCUUCUAAAGUCAACUGUACAGCCAACAGUAGCUCCAAUAGCUUUGAUGGAGGUCUGGAUGGCAUCACUGUGGUGGGCUGCUCUGCAGAAGGUCCUGUGGCUAUCCCUCAAACUGUCUGCACAAACUCAAUAGGAUCACCAGACUCAGACACGGAUUUAGGACACUGCAGACAAGAUGCAGUGACAGCAGCAGAAGAAGCUCUGGAGGCCACAGAGAGCAGCAGCAACACACCUGCUGAUGAGAGCCAGCCCGGGAUCUACACAGAACAUGUGUUUACUGACCCACUGGGGGUGCAGAGCAAUAGAGACACACCGUCCAACUACACACAGAGGGAGAGUGAUCUGGUGAAGGAUGGCGUGACUUCAGUGCCUGAUGAACAGGACCUCAUGAGAGAGGAAGCCAGCAAGAUGAGCAGCGUGCUCCCCACCAUGUGGCUGGGGGCUCAGAAUGGCUGUGUGUACGUGCACUCUUGUGUGGCACAGUGGAGGAAAUGUCUUCACUCCAUCAAGCUUAAGGAUUCUGUUCUUGGGAUUGUUCAUGUGAAAGGACGUGUUCUCAUAGCCUUGGCUGAUGGCACGCUCGCCAUCUUCCACAGAGGUGUUGACGGCGAGUGGGAUUUGACAAACUACCACCUGUUAGAUCUGGGACGGCCACACCACUCCAUCCGCUGUAUGACUGUAGUGCAUGACAAGGUCUGGUGCGGCUACAGGAACAAGAUCUUUGUGGUUCAGCCCAAAGCAAUGAAGAUAGAGAAAUCCUUUGAUGCCCACCCUCGUAAGGAGAGCCAGGUGAGACAGCUGGCAUGGGAUGGAGAUGGCAUCUGGGUAUCUAUCCGUCUGGACUCCACCCUCAGACUUUUCCAUGCGCACACAUUUCAGCAUCUGCAGGAUGUGGACAUUGAGCCUUAUGUCAGCAAGAUGCUCGGCACCGGUAAGCUGGGCUUCUCUUUUGUGAGGAUCACGGCCCUGAUGGUGUCAUGUAACCAAUUGUGGGUCGGAACGGGAAAUGGUGUCAUCAUCUCCAUCCCCCUAUCAGAAUAUUGCAAAGUUACAGCAGGGUCGCAAAACCGUCCUGGCAGCGCCAUCCGUGUGUACGGCGAUGAGAACAGUGAUAAAGUCACCGCAGGCACCUUUGUGCCUUUCUGCUCCAUGGCACAUGCCCAGCUCUGUUUCCAUGGACACAGAGACGCAGUCAAGUUCUUCACUGCUGUCCCAGGGCAAGUUAUCCCAUCUGCAGGGUCAGGGGGUGAAACUGGCACGGACAAGUCUUCAGAGUCACCAACACCUGAGCUGAUGAAGUCGGUCCUGGUUAUGAGCGGAGGGGAGGGUUACAUUGACUUCAGGAUGGGAGAUGAAGCGGGGGAAACGGAGGAUUUGAAUGAACCCACAUUGAAGCUGCAGCCCUUCCUGGCCAAAGCUGAACGUAGUCACCUUAUUGUGUGGCAGAUUAUGGUCAAUGAGGAGUGACCUUCUUUUAAAGUCUCAGUCUUUCAAACAUCCAAAAGAAGCUCACUUUCCUUCAAAAUCUUCAAUUUUUCCCUUGUGCUCAUGUUUUGCUUCAAGAUAUUUUAAUCAUCGGCCUGUAGUAUUUCUGUUUUUCAAAUCGCUAAAUGGUUAUUAUUUCACAUUAUGUGAAAUUAUUAUAUAUAUUAUAGUACAUUAUGGUUAUUAUUUCAGUUAUUUGUCUUCAUUAUAAGUGAAUGUUACUGAAGAUCUUUGCACAUCGCAUUUGGCAAUACAAGCUGCUCUGUUGUGUCCUUGUUAUCUUAUGCGACUAGUUGCUGACGACAAAUAAUAUUACUGAUGGACAGUUUGGCAGGUUUUCAGUUUCAGUAUUAUUUUUUUUCCACCCUUAGAUAGCACAAGUACAAGAGGAGCUAGAGGAGCUUUGCGUUUUGUGUAAAUGAAACUGUGUUUGUUGAUGGAAAGAAAAAUGUGCACACACAAAGUGCUUUCUCAUCCGUAAAUCACUCCUGCGAGCGUAGAUGCAAUAUCAUUAAUGUUCGGCAGACUUUUAUAUCUGUAUGAAUGUUACACGGUUACCAAAGGAUACAGUCAAAUGUUUUGAUAGCCCGUUUUAUGAACUCUAGAUAUAAAAGCGAAAGGUUUCGUCUAAAUCAUAGACACAUUUCAAUCCCUUGUUAUGCGAUUCUACAACAACCAUGUUCCACUGUUCGAACCAUCACUCUUUUGCUGUCUUUAUUUUUACAACUAGAGCGGUUUUCAAAGGAAAGGUACUCCUUUGAGCUGUGUGUAGAUAAUCGUGCACAGACAAAAGCCUAUUUUUAUGACACUUUUGUACAUUUGUCUUUUAGACUCUAAUCUCCGAUCGCAGGCCUCUGGCAUCAGUCAGGCGCCAUGCUGAAUCUGCACUGUUCCACUUGCAUUCGAGCUGAGCUGCACUGAAGGGUCAGUGCUUUGUUCGCAGUUAUUUCUUCUCUCCAGGAGAGCAGAGAUGACUUCAUUUCGCAAACUAGCCAUUUCAGUAUUUAUUUCUACGGACGAGCCUUUGCAGUUCCAAAUGUAACUUUGUACAUUGAUUAUAAAUAUAUAUAAAAUUAUGUUUAUGAAAUGUAGAGGGCUUGAGUUUGUUUUUUUAAUGGGGAUUGAUGUAUUGCAAAUCACUUAUUGGAGGAUGAUGGGUGGAUCUUUAAUAACUGACUACAGAAAUGUACCUUUACUGAGCUAUGCACUGUUUUUUUACUUGAGAUCAGGGGUGUGUGUGUUUUGUGAGUCGAUGAGUGUGUAUGCUUGCAUUUUAGAAGUGGAUGCAACAGGUAGACGGCACUUUACCAUAAUCCCAAAAUAGGUUUAGACACUUUCUGUGAGUGUGUUAUCAUCGUUCUCACCCUGUCUCUGUCAGAUUGCCAUGAAAGAUUGUGUCCCUUAUAUGUUCAUCCUUCAUCUUAGUCCUAUACUUUUAAACAAUCCAUUAAACUAACGGUUUUGGUCAA